GAAAGUUAAGGUUUUCAGUAUGGAAUUGAUUUCGAAGAUUUCCAUUGAAGAACUCAAGAAUUUCCACACUACUGAUCGCUACGCAUAUGCAAGAUUGGCUAUCUCCCUAGGAUUGGAUCCUCUCCUCUCAAUGAUAAUUGUGGCUUUCUGGAAUUGGCUUGAAAGACUUGGCUUCAGAAACUUCGUCAAGAACUCGGAAACAUUGUCCGAUGCAGAUCUUUAUGCAUUGGCAAACGAGGCUGUUUCGUGCUUACGGUGCUUGGAAUGCUUCAGUGAGGAACUGUUUCCAUGGAUUCAGAUUGAUGUUCCACAGACGGAGAGGCUUGCUGGUCAAGUAAUCUCUUUAGGGCACAUCUUCCCCUGUAAAGAAUUCACAAUUAAGGCUAUUAUGGAUUUUGUAAAUAAUGUAUGUGCAAGAGCUUUCGCUGAUAUUGUUCCGAGAACAACUAAGUCACCGGAGAAUGAAAAUCAUGUGCAAGAUCCUGCUCCUGCCCCAGAAAAGAAUCGAACUUUGUUUAUUACCUUUUCGAAGGGACAUCCUAUUUCGAAGCAAGAACUUGAAGAUCUUAUUACCAGGAAAUUUGGGUAUUGUGUAGAGACAAUCUACAUGAAAAUUGAUCCGGAGCCUCUGUUUGCUCGUGUUGUUGUUCACUCAACUUCAGACAUUACUAAAAUUCUAGGAGACAAUGAUUUGGUUAAGUUUUCUAUCAAUGGAAAAGAUGUUUGGGUAAGAAGAUUUGUCAUCAAAUGCAAGGAUCAGCCUCCAACAGCCAAACAGUGUAGGCAACAAAGGUGUUAAUAUUAAUCAAUCCGAUAGAAGAGUUUGGAUUUGGUUUGAAUGAUUGAUAUACUUCUUUAAUAUUUACCUUAGUGAGUUUAGAAGGUUUUCAUUGUUCAUACCAGGUAACAUGUAUUCACCCACGGAUUAAUGAUUAGGUACUUCAUCUUUUCUCCUGAGGCAGUUGCUUCAUCAUGUUCACAUGCAUUCAUGGUCAUUGUUGUCAAAAUCUAGAUUUAAAUCUUAAAAUCUUGCGAUUUUACGAUUUCAGCAAAACAUUUCGUGUAAAAUCUAUACUAAAAUCUGAAAUUCAUA